CCCGCCCGCUCUCCACCCCAGUCCUCUCGGCUGGGAAGCCGCAGAGCUCAGGUGGAUGUGGACGGCCGUGUUGGAGCUCGGGGAGCUUUGCCCCUGGGUGGGACGUGGAGGCUGCUCUGUGUGAAACUGACUUCACCCCUCCCGGCAGAGUGGGAUGUCUUACUUUUACCGACAGGAUUUCAAACAGCAAGGCUUUUACAGAUGUGGUUUCAGAGAACCAGCUUUCCCAGAGAUAAGAAAGGGUUCAAAGGGGCGAGAUGACACCGCAGGCGGAGACGUGUUCCCUGUGACCCCAUGCGGCUCGAGCCGGUCGGCCGUUGUUUCCGGACGCCUGGCAAGCAGCCGCUCACUUCCUCAGUGCAAUGCCAUUUUACUCUCAGCUGCACGUCUCAGAUUUGAGAUGCCAGAUAAGACUGGAUGCUUCUGCUCUGUGCUUACGAGCAGAGCCAGAUAGGAGGGAACGCACCCACACUCCAGUUUCCCAAUUCCCAUUUUGCUUGAGAAGGUGGUGGACUUUCACCCACAGUCCAAUGUGGAAAGCAGCUUGUUCGUACGCUGUCAUCCCUGCUGGCGCUGGCACUAUUGUAGAGCUUCUCUCCUUUCCUCUCUGCGUCCCACCUCCUGCCCUGGUCUCGCCAUGGCGCCGAGAGGAGGAGGAGAGGGGGUGCUGGGAGGGUGGGAAGGUACGCGCAGCAAGGAGGCACCCACAGCACGUGGCUCCCGCGGCAGCCUGUGCCCCGCCGGUUCCAGGGGUCUCUAGCAGGUGCCGUCUCUCCUCGCUCCAGGGAAUCAUACUGCCCCAGAUCCUAACCGGAGUUGCAGCCAAUCUCGUCAACGCUCUCGUCAACUAUCUGUUUCUCCACGAACUGCAUCUUGGGGUGAUGGGCUCAGCACUGGCCAACUUGAUUUCCCAGUUCUCCCUGGCUCUGUUCCUCUUUCUCUACAUCAUCUGGAAGAAACUGCAUCGAGCUACCUGGGGAGGGUGGUCGCUGGAGUGCCUGCAGGACUGGGGCUCCUUCUUCCGCCUGGCCAUCCCCAGCAUGCUCAUGCUGUGCAUGGAGUGGUGGGCCUAUGAGAUCGGGAGCUUCCUGAGCGGAAUCCUCGGCAUGGUGGAGCUGGGGGCCCAGUCCAUCGUGUAUGAACUGGCCACUAUGGUCUUCAUGAUACCCACGGGCUUCAGCGUGGCGGCCAGUGUCCGGAUUGGGAACGCGCUGGGCGCUGGAGACAUCGCGCAGGCCCGGAGGUGCUCCGUGGUCUCCGUGCUGGUCACAGAACUCUUUGCUGUAGCCUUUUGUGUCCUGCUGUUAAGCUGUAAGGACCUUGUGGGGUACAUCUUCACGACCGACCGGUGAGUGCCGAGAGGAGAAACCUGCGGUAGAGACACGGCUGGGCAGGUGCUGCCACG